UCUCUCUCUUUCUUUCUUUCUUCAAAGACGAAUCAAAGUCCAACAAAUUACAGAGAAUAUUGAGAGAACAAGGCAGAAAAUGGUUGCUCGGAAAUUCCAGGUCCGCCACAACGACUCGGACUUCAUUGUCGACUACGACACCGACGACGGCUUCGAGGUUUUCAAAUUCCAGCUCUUCUCUCUCACCUCAAUCCUCCCCGACGAGCAAAAGAUCGUUAGCGUCGAUGACGAUCGUCCUUUAUCGGACGACUCGGAUCUCAUUUCCAUUUCCGAGAAACUCCGAGUGGUGUCGAUUAACGAUGAAGUCCAAGAACAGCGAGGAGCCGAAUCAACAAGUAACAGUGUGCUAAGCGACUCCCAGUCGUUAAUGUCCGAUGAGGAAUUGGCUAGGAUGUUGCAGGCUCAGGAGGAAGCGCUUUUGUUUCAGCAGUAUGCUGCGGAGGAGGAUAACGGAAAUUUUGAGAAUAAAAUACGACCUUAUGUCGAUCAAGUUCGCAUGUACGAAGACCCGGUAUGCCAGGAAGCUGCUCGGAAGACAGUUCCUGUAGAAGAGCUUGAGGAGAAAGCACUGGUUUCUCUGGCCAAGGAGGGGAACUUUAAACCAUCAAAAAUCGAACAAGAUCAUGCCUUCCUGCUGCAGCUGCUUUUCUGGUUCAAACAAUCCUUCAGGUGGGUAGAUGCACCUCCUUGUGAUGGUUGUGGCAGUAAAACCAUAAGUCGUGGCAUGGGAUCUCCACUCUCUUCAGAAAUUCAAUAUGGAGCAUCUCGAGUUGAACUCUAUCUCUGCAGUGUUUGCUCAAUAAUCACUCGUUUCCCACGCUACAAUGAUCCAUUAAAGGUACUUACUUGUGGAAACAAGAGGGGGCGUUGUGGGGAGUGGGCCAAUUGCUUUACACUUUAUUGUCGAGCUUUCGGCUAUAAAUCUCGUCUGAUCUUGGAUUUUACUGAUCAUGUUUGGACCGAGUGCUUCUCACAAGCUUUAGGAAGGUGGAUGCAUCUUGAUCCUUGUGAAGGAGUAUAUGACAGACCAUUGUUAUAUGAAAAGGGGUGGAGUAAGAAAUUAAAUUAUGCAAUAGCCAUUGCAAAAGAUGGAGUUUAUGAUGUUACCAAACGCUACACAAGGAAGUGGCAUGAGGUUCUGUCCCGAAGAAACAUUACUACAGAGCCUGCCUUGUCAGCUGUCCUUACUACUAUAACACAAGAAUGUAGAAGAGGCUUUACUUCUCAGGUGCUUUCUGAACUUGACGAUUGUGACAAGAAGGAAAGAGAAGUACUUGAGAGAGAUUUAUAUUCUACUGAUGAUGACUCAAUCUCAUUACCUGGAAGACAAAGUGGGGACAAGGAAUGGCGCAAGUUAAGACUGGAAUUUGGCUCUAAUUCUCAAAUUUGUUCUUCUUGUCCAGUUCGUAUAUGCAUAGAUGAGCAUGUGACAAGGAUUUACAAUGCAUUUCAUCCUGUCCUUUCUCAGUUUGUUAAGGAAGAACAUGCUAAGGCUAAAGCUAUUAAAGCGCUCAAGAUUUUUGAAGGAAUUAUCAUGGAUGUCAAGAACUCACCCUUUAAAAUGAGGAAGGCCUCCAUAGAUUCAGUUUCAAAUAAUACGCAAGCCUUUGUGCAUCAGUUACUGCCUUCUUUUGCUGAGCUACUUGAUGCUCUUUCACUGAAGAGUAUGAUGGACCAUGAUGGGAAGGUUGACAUUUGUCUGGCUGGUGACCCUGUUAGAACCUCUUUAGCAUUGCCUGUUGUGUUGGAUGCUUUAGAUGACAUGGUUCAUAAUCUUAACAAAUGUGACAACUUCGGUGAAGUUUCAUUUCCCCUUCUGAAAUCGAACAGAAUACAUUCCGGUUCAGUCCUUGCAAGUGGUGAGGAACUUCCUUUUGGAAUUGCCACAUCAGCUUUUGAUGGUAUUCAAACUUCUAAAUGGGAAGAACCUAAUGGUGCAAAAGGUUGUUGGAUUAUUUAUAAAGUAGAGGGCAACAAGAUGCACGAACUUGUGGCAUAUGAGUUAAUGUCCGCCAAUGACGCGCCAGAAAGGGAUCCAAUGGAUUGGGUUGUUGAGGGAAGCAAUGAUGGUGGAUCGAGUUGGCAACUUUUGGAUAAACAAACUUCUCAGAUUUUUAAAGACCGUUUCCAGCGUAGAGCAUUUAAGGUUACAUCAGUAGGGCUCCUAUUCAAUGCUUUCAGGUUGAGGUUUUUGGCGGUUCGAGAUAUUCAAUCGACUUCACGGCUCCAAGUUGGUAGCAUUGACCUAUAUGAAAGAAGCAGUUAAUUUUCCAGCUAAGUUGGCUGGUUUUUCCAAUUUUCUCCUUGAUUUGAUGCACUGCUUUUAUCACUCUAUGAUUGGGAAGUAAGAAAAACCAAGGCAAGUGAAUGAAGCAUCAAAAUGCUCUGUUGACUGGCUGUAUUCAUCACUUCUUUUUCGCUCUCAAUUUGCAAUGUACUGUAAAGCAACUUGCCACAUGGUCUUUAUUUGUAUGUUAGAUGAGUAUAAAUGUAUAAUAUAGAAAUAAGAGAAGAGCCUUUGACCGCA